UCAAAUUCAUCCUAUGGUUACAUUUCUGAUUUGCAUAUUUUAUAAAAUCUGAGAUUUUGUAGCAGAAACGUCUACGUCUCAUCGCAAUUUCAUAUUUUUGUGUUUGUUGUAUAAAAAUAGAGAGCAAAAGUUCUCUCAUACCCGCUGUAUAUUAUUCUUGUGGUAAGCUCUAGUAACUUUCACCAGGUAGGAAAUCUGCCUCAAAAUGGGGAAAGGUUCCAGAAAACGCCCCGCUGGUCGACGAGGACACACGAACGAUGAAGAAGUCGAUUUCGAAACCUUGGUCAAAGAGGAGUUUAAAAAAUUACAUCGUCAGUACCGAUUGAUGGAAGAUGCCCGACAUGCAAUACAAGGUAAUACAUAUAUCUUGAGCUUGUGAUAUGUACAUAUUCCAUUAAUUUAGAAAAAAAAACAUUUCAAAAAAUAUGAUUUCAGGCGCAUCUGGAAAGUUGUCGAAACAAGGGAGACUUUUGGAGCGACUUCGUGAAGAGAAAGAGGACCUUCUUACUGACAUUAAGAAUGCGAGAUGUCGAGCUUAUCGCAUGAAGGAUAAGGGUAUGUAAUUUGAGAACAACGGACAACAUGAGAUUUUUUGAGACGCAAAACUUGGCUAUUUUACUAAUACAGCAAGCAUUCGAACAAUAUUGGAGGCUUUGGAACGAUAUGAAAAAUACAAGCAGGACAUUGCCGCAUGCAUCCUCAGUAUUACCGAGAUGGAAUCAAACGUAGACCGAAUCACGCAACGACUGGUGGAACAAAAGCUGAAAGUUCAAGCGUUGUAUGGACAAAGUAUGACCGUUCCUCAGGCUGACCAUCGUAAACGCAUCUUGGAAAACAGAUUGUAUCAUGUCACCACCCAAUUUGACACCCUAGUCUCGCACAACAAGCAACUCAAGCAAGAAAUAAAUAUGAUGCUCAAACUCCGUGGUAAUUUUUACCGUCGAAUGUUGACCAUCAAGAAGCUUUCUGCCAAAAUAAAGCAGCGGAUGGGUGAAGUUGUAUAUGAAGCAACUGCAGCUUACGAUCAGAGGGACGAAUGGGUCAAUAAGAUUAACAUUCUUCGCGAACGAAAUGACAAAGAUUCGAAACAGCAUGUCCUCGAGAUCAAAGAAUUUCAACGUGUCCUUCACCACGACUCCAAAAUCCACGAGUUUCUUGCAAUCAAGAACAAGGAACGAGAACAACUUGAGAAUGCUUCUCAGAGAAAUGAUCGCAAAAAUCAAGUCAAGAUUACUGAUUUGGACGCGCUUCUGGCAGCUUAUAAGAAGAGUUUUAAGGCGAUCCUUCGCAUGGCCAAGUCGCGAGAUAUCGAAUCAUUGGUCAACACGUAUCUCGAAGAGGAGCAAAAGAAUUAUGCCGUGUUCAAAUUUAUUACGGAUCUAAAUCAUGAGGCAAAUAGUUUACAAGAGGAUAUUGGAAAUAUUAAAGCAGAGAUUGAAGAGCUUGCCAGACUUAAUAAAGAAACGACCAAACAACAAGAGGAAACUUUGUCCGCUUUGGACGCAGAACUUGAUGCUGAGACGCAUCUUUUGGAAUCAAGUGUGGCAAAGUUUACCCUCGCCAGUCACAAUAUGGAAAGCUUUGGCCACAUUUUGGACGAAACCUUUAACGCUGCUGGGUGCUCGGACGAGUUGAUUAUCGGAUUACUUGGAAAUCAACAAGGAAUAAAGCCACAUAACAUUGCCCUCGUCAUGAAAGUGGUUGAGCACCGCACCACGGAGCUGCUGUUCGAAAAGGGUUUACUCGAAGUGAGAAAGAGUGUCGAAUUGGAUGGCAAUCCGCUCCCAAAGAAGGCAGCUUUAUGGGUCCAAGGUCAAAAACCGGCCCCGCAAGGAGGACCCUUCAAACCUCAAGUGCACGUUACGGGACGGGUCGAUGCAGAGCAGGAUGAAGAUGACAAUGAGACCAAGGCCUGGUCUGAGCGUCCUGUGUACUACGGCGAGAUGAAGGAUGGCUUGAUGGGGAAAGAUGUCCAAGUUAGUGGAUCUCAAGCUGAUGAUCUCUCCAUUUCUCCGUCCAAUGCAGAAAUCAACAUGAGCAAGUUAAGCAUGGUUCCUGAGGGCCCUUCAGCAUUUGGGAAAAAGCCUCCGAAGGCCGAGGACUCGUCGUCUUCCACGGCUGUGAAGGCUGCCCCACCACCACCGCCGCCACCUCCACCCCCUGAAGAGGAGGAGGAAGGAGAGGAGUAGAUAAUUAGGCUCUGCAGCCACGACUCAAAUUUUUUGUAAUAUGUAACUCAAUUUAGACACAUUGCGAUGUUGAUUACAUACAAAUCACGAGCUGAAUUGAUGUAUCUGUCCACGUAACUAUUUGAAUAAUCCGAAUAAUAACA